AUGGCUGUCUUACAUGGCCCAAAUGAUUUACGUAUAGAAGAAAGAGUAACAUCUGCUCCUUUACAAGAUGAAGUACAAAUCCAUAUUCGUGCAACAGGAUUAUGCGGAAGUGAUCUUCAUUAUUAUUGUCAUGGAAAGAAUGGUCAAUUUGCACUUCAACAUCCAAUGUGUUUAGGACAUGAAUCAGUUGGUGAAAUUGUCGCUUUUGGACCAAGUUCAGCAAAAAGCAAACAACUCAAACUUCAACAACGUAUAGCAAUCGAACCAGGUCGUAAUUGUGAACAAUGUUCUUAUUGUCAAUCGGGAAAGUAUAACCUAUGCAAAAAUAUGCGUUUUGCUUCAAGCGCUAAAACUGCUCCUCAUUUACACGGAACAUUGCAACGUUUUAUCAAUUGGCCAACAAGAUUAUGUCAUCCUUUACCCGAUCAUGUUGAUAUGCAUUCAGCAGCGUUGGCAGAACCUUUGGCUGUCGUUUUGCAGGCAUUCAAACGUUCAAGAUUCGUUAAAGGUCAAUCUGUUUUGGUGAUCGGAGCAGGUGCUGUAGGACUAUUAGCAUGUGCGGCAUCUAAACAUUUCCAAGCUUGCAAUACGUCAGCGAUUGAUGUUUCACAAAAUCGUUUGGACUUGGCUAGCAGUUUAGGUUGGUGUGAUUCCACUUAUCUUAACACCAAUGCCAAUCAAUUCGCCGAUGAAAAGGAACUGGUACAACAUAUCAAAUCGACCCUUGAGGGAAUCGAUCAAGAUGGUUUUGAUGUAGUGUAUGAAUGUACAGGAGUGCCAACUUGUGUUCGUUCUGCUAUUCAUGCUGCCAAACCUGGAGGUGUAGUUUGUAUGAUCGGAAUGGGUCAUCCAACAAUGACUUUACCAAUGGAUGCUGCAGCAUUACGUGAAGUGGAUAUUGUGGGUGUAUUCCGUUAUGCAAACAUGUUUCCACAAGCCAUUGAACUUUUAUCCAAUAGUCCAGUAAUGGCUUCUUUGCAUAAUGGUAAACCAAUCGUUCAAGCAAUCCUUUCACACAAAUUCCCACUUUCAAAAGCAGAUCAAGCAUUCGAAACAAUGAAAGCUGGAGUAUCUGCGGAUGGAAAAGGUGUGAUAAAAGCAAUGGUUGUAGACGAGUGA